CACGACGAAUAUCUCGACCCCGACCUCGGGAAUCGUGAUGACGACGACUUCGAACAUGGUUCUUUUUGGACGAAGAGUCUAGCGGAGAUUGAUGACGAAACGCCACCCACGUGGAAAAGCAAAUACGGGCGACCGUCUGAUUGGGCUUUUACUGACGGGGUCAGCCAGCGCGACAUCAUCGCUUUCGCGGAAAUCAAAAUGGAAGAUGAAGAAGGCAACGUAGUGAAUGAUGGUGAUUGGCCAAUUACUAUCAACUGCAAAUAUGUCUAGGUCUGCAAGAGUGCAAGACUUGUAAUGCUGAACUCACAUCAUCAUCCCAAGGCCAAACUCUGUAAUGCGUGUUGCGGAAGGGCGGUGUUUGUUCUGUGUCAUGCAAAAACGUCGCCUGGUCGCAUGCGUCUUCCGCACCACAAGACCGUUCAAAAAUGUGUCAUGCUCGGUUGUGUACUCUAGUCAUUUCUUCAUUCUUGUAGUAGCAUGACAAGUUUGAGUUUCCAGUUCCAGACAUAUUUGCAUGUGAUAAUUACGAAAGAGGAAUGGGAGGCCGUAGGCGGAAGAGACGAGCAGUGGGCCUGGCUCUGCUGGACAAACCCCCAUGCGCCGGGGGAAGACGCUGAUUGUGACGAAAUAAAAGAAUAUUCAUGGCAAAUAUUUUGUCUGGGUCGGGAAAUAAGUUGUGAGGCUUGUCUGUGAAUAAAUAAGUGUUGUGCUGCCGCGCAUGACUGGUUUUUGCGCGGUGGCUAUGUGUUGCCUUUUUCGCAUGAGAAACUGCGUGUAGUUUGCAUUACAUACAAAUAGAGUGGAGUUGUCGGCGGGGGAGCAUGCAUUACAGCAGUGCAGAGUCAUGCCGCGCAAGCAUGACACGUCUCGCCUUCUUCCGGACCCAGGCAUAAGUAUUUGCAUUUGAUAAAGAAGAGGAUUGGAACCUGCACCCAAAUCCGGGUGCAGACACAGACGGUCCGCAUACAGAUAUUCUGCGUAAAAACGCUCCCACACAAUAUUUGUCAUGCGAGUCUGCAUGCCCCGAAUGUCUCUCAUGCGCAGUAUGUAAUUUGUAUGUAAGGCGUUGGGUUACCAGAGCCGAUCCACAUAACAACAGCAGUCCGCCGAGGAGCAUUUUCUGAGGGUUUUUUUAAAGUAGUCACUCUCGAAUCAGGAUCAUGUUGCAACGCGGCUUUUAUAGCCAAGCAUGACUACACUGACUACAUUGUCCGAAAAAUUCGGCAGCCUACGGAGUUCACAAAGCUUCUUGAUUUGUCCAGCAGAUUAAUGCGCCAGCAUGACUAUGGGAUGCUGGGGACGUUUUCACACAGGAUACGGAAGCCGUGUGGGUGGCAAUGGUCUGCAGCAAAUUCCGCCACGUCAAUCGCAGCCUUGUCAUCGCCAAAAUGGGCAGCUGAAGAUGCUCAAAGCUCUGACAUAGCCGUUGACGAAAAGUACACGGCCCUGGGUUUGAGCGAUAACGAGAACCGGUUUCUGCAAUUACUCGACGGAAAACAGAAGGGGACUCGGUUACCGAGUCGGAUGUUUCCAGCCUUUGCGGCGGUGAACAUGUGCCCUGGCCGCACCUGCCCCGCCGCGCUUUCGAUGUGGAUCUGGCGAGCUUUCAAUUGUGCGCCCAACACUACGGCAUUCACCUCGACGACGGCGACGAUCGAUUGUUCAAAAUUUUGACCAGGCACACGGACGUGGGCGAAGUCGUAUCCAUCAACGGGGAAAAAAAGGUCUCGGGCAGCACGGUUAGCACCGACGUGAUGAGCAAUGCGCAAGAGCAGGACUGGUCGCUCCAGGCUAUGACGCAGUGGGCGCAACAUAACCUUGACGAAGGCAGCAAUAACGGCGAGGGCGAUCCUGUUGACACGCCUGUUGUACGUCAGUU